UUAAGAGGCACUACAUAUCGGCAUCUAACUUCACAACCGAUCCGAACAGGUCAGCCAUCGGAAUCAAACAGAAAAACUUUAGCCUGCCUGCCGUCAUUUCAAGAAGAAGUUCAUUUUAAACCUAAGCUACAUCCGUAUUUCACCUAACGGAAAACAAAAGGCACCCAUUUCGCCAUGAAGCCCGCGUGCCUGGUCCUCCUUGCCUCUUUGACGGUUUGCAAUCUCACCAUGAAUCUAGGACAAAACAUCUCUGAAGAGGAUAAUGUGGAGAACCGAGCAACUUUGGAUGAAAUGCUUCAGAGAGCGGACAAUCUAUUACUCAGAUCUAUACUUAAAAAGAUAGGGGAAGACGAAAGCACAAACGAACUGAUCUCCUCUCAACAGGAGUGGAUCGCUAAGAGGCAGCAUCCGGGAAAGAGAUACCAAGAUGAAAUAGAAAAGCGGCAACAUCCUGGAAAACGUGGGGAGGACGAGGUCGAGGAUUACGCCGAUCUCCAGAAAAGGCAACAUCCAGGGAAGCGAGAGGAUGAGAUGGACAAUUACGUGGAGUUGCAAAGGCGGCAGCACCCGGGUAAGCGUUCACCGCUGGAACAGUUACCAGACAAUUCUGGCACCCAGGCGGCGUACCUGGUAGAGCUUUCCAAAAGGCAGCAUCCAGGUAAACGCUACCUGAUGUACAAGAAACGUCAGCACCCGGGCAGACGUGAGCUCGGGGAGGAGAUGGACUCAGGUGAGCUGCCGGAUUUGGAGAAGCGUCAGCACCCCGGAAAACGCUUUGUGGAUAACACGAGUCCCGAUUUCGCCCCCAACGAUCCAUGUGGCCCCAGUGAUCCAGGGAGCUGCAGCAAAGCAAGCUUGUUGCUGGAGUUGCUGGACAACGCAACCAAGAGCCGAGCCGAAGAGAAGAGACAACAUCCAGGAAAAAGGUUCGCUUAUGAAGAAGACUUGAUGGAACGGGAGUAGAAAGGGGAGAGCGAAUGUAUAACUUUAAUGUAAAGAUCUGAAUAUAUCAUCUUAAUAACUAUAAUAAAGAUUAUUUCACAAUUA